UGUUAAUACAUGAAUGCUGGUACCAACUUACAGGGAUGCCAGAUGAUCAGUGCAGAAUGAAAGUCCCUGGGGAAUGCAUCAUGUGGUUCUCUGCCCUGUGACGUCACCAGCAGAUGGCAUGGGUACCAGCUCUGGCAGUUGGCAUCAAUGUCACUUUUUUAGAGAUCAAUGAGAUACACACAUAUCUAGACUCCUGGAGAUGAUGCGACAUUCGGACUAAUUUAGAAGACAAAAAAAUGAAAACUGCUUGCUAAUUUAAACAAGUCUGGAGGGAAUUUUAUUCUAAGCAGCAAUGUUAACACUUCCUUUUGAUGAAUCUGUUGUGAUGACGGAAUCGCAGCUUUGUAAAAAAUAUGCACUGGAAAGUGAAGAUCAAAAAGCAGCAAAGAAACCAGAAAGCUGCUCUAAACAGCUAGUGUCCCAUGGGAAAAAUAUCAAAAGGACCCCUGAAGAGGAAACAGAGCAAGACGAAGAGGAAGAGGACAAGGAGGAAGAAGAUGAAAAUGGAUUGCCAAGAAGGAGGGGGCCAAGGAAAAAGAAGAUGACCAAGAUUAGGAUUGAAAGGAUUAAAGUAAGACGAGUUGAGGCUAAUGCAAGAGAAAGGGGUCGGAUGCAUGGGCUCAAUGAUGCAUUGGACAGUUUACGGAAAGUUGUACCUUGCUAUUCCAAGACACAAAAGCUUUCUAAAAUAGAAACCUUGAGGCUGGCCAAAAACUACAUUUGGGCUCUGUCUGAGAUACUCAGGAUUGGGAAGAGGCCAGAUCUUCUCACCUUUGUUCAAAAUUUAUGCAAAGGUUUGUCCCAGCCUACCACAAAUUUGGUGGCUGGGUGCCUGCAGCUUAAUGCCAGAAGUUUUCUCAUGGGUCAGAGUGGAGACUCAGUGCAUCAUGGAAGAUCUCCCUACAGCUCUAUUUACCCUCCUUAUCACAGUCCUGAGAUUAGUACCCCACCAGGCCAUGGGACUCUUGAAACUUAUAAGACAGGAAAACCUUACAAUUACUGUAGUGCUUAUGAAUCCUUUUAUGAAAGCACUUCUCCUGAGUGCACCAGCCCUCAGUUUGAAGGUCCCUUAAGCCCUCCCUCUAUGAACUAUAAUGGGAUAUUUUCCCUGAAGCAAGAAGAGGCCUUGGACUAUGGGAAAAAUUACAAUUAUGGCAUGCAUUACUGUGCAGUGCCAGGCAGGGGUCCCCUCGGGCAGAGCUCUAUGUUCAAGUUGCCUACAGACAGCCACUUCCCUUAUGACUUCCAUCUGCGCAGCCAGUCUCUCGCCAUGCAAGAUGAAUUAAAUGCAGUUUUUCAUAAUUAAUGAGGAAAAUGAAUAUAAACAGUGGUCAAUCACCUCCCUCCCCCCUUCUAAUUAAGAUAAAGCAGAUGCUUGUUCACACAGUAAUUGACACGGCUUGAUUAAGGUAUCACCGCAGUCCCGAAAGUGUGUUUUAAACUUCUGUGGUCUUGCUUGUUUGUUUUUUAACCCAUCUGUAAAAGCCACAUCUAAUGCUAUAUUUUACCUUAUGAUUUCAUUUUAGCAUUUUACUUGAAGACUGUAUUUAAUUCAUGCACUAAAAGGAUAUUUUAUGUUCAUUUGUUAAAAAGAAACUUUGUUGACGUUAUGUGUAAAAAUAAAGAAAUGUACACUAUUACUA